AUGUCGCUAAAAAACAAAGUGCAAGUGAAUGAUUUAAAUAAGACAAUUUUUAAAGAAAAUUACAAAAUGAAAAGGAGUACCAAAGAAGUAGAACUAAUGGAAACUAUAGAAAAUUUGAGUGAUGAUAUAGGAUCCAAUAAUUUUUCUUAUGAUAGUAAUGACAGCUCAAAAAUACAUAAUAGGAAAAAUAAUGAUAAAAGUAUUGAUAUGAACAAAAAAGAUAAUAUAAAAAAUCAUAAUAAACAAAAAAAUGCUCCUAAUUAUAAUAAAAACAAACAAGAGUAUUAUUCCAAUGUACCUCAAAUAUAUGAAACAUAUGAUACCACACCAAAAGAUGAAAGUGAAUUAAGAUCCUCGGAUAACAAUGGGGGUGAAGAAAAUAGUUUUCUUGCUAAUACUAUAGCUGUUGUGUAUAUUAUUAUAGCAAUAGUUAUUAUCUUGCACUUGUAUUUAAACGAAGAGCAUGUCGUAAUAAAAACCAUUACUUUAUUAAAAUUAAAAUUUGUUGAUUUAAUAAAGAGAAUACCAGUAUUCAAAAAUGUUAUGAGAACUGUGUCUGUAACAAAUAGCAAAAUUAACGGUUUCCUAGAUAUGACGAUGACUCAUUCAAAAAUUUUGAAACCCUAUAUGGAAGCUUUAAAAGAACUCAAUACCGAAUUUUCCAUAUUAUUUAUCAUAUUAAUAUUAAUGUUUUUAACUGCGACAUGCAUACUUCAUGUAGUUUAUGGUAUCUUUACGAUGAAGAAUGAAAAAGACAUGUACGAAAAGAACAGUGUAGUUUAUGUAACGAAUAAAAUGACAGUAGACGAAUAUGAAGAUAGAUCUUUUACUUACAGUGAACUUGCUAAAUUACAUGAUGAUAAAGAUUAUAUUUGUUUAAAAAAUAAAAGAGCAGGUGAAGGUAUGGAAUCAUGGAAUUGGCAAAUAAGAAAAAAUAAAUAUAAUGCAUAUGAUAAAGAUAUUUGCAGUGAUAUUGAACUUACAGAUAUAGAUAAUUAA